AUGUUUAGUACAAUGCCCUGUUAUCUCACAGGAGAACUUGCAGCCACCAGUGAAGACUACAAACUCUUGGAAAAUAUGAAUAAAUUAACUUGUUUAAAGUACAUGGAAAUAAAAGACAUUGCAGGAAACAUCAGUCAGAAUCUCAAGGACUUGAACAAGAAAUAUGCAAGUCUGCAGCCAUAUUUGGAACAAAUAAAUCUAAUUGAAGAGCAAGUAGCAUCAUUGGAAUAUGCAGCAUAUAAACUGGAUGCUUAUUCAAAACGGCUAGAGACAAAGUUCAAGAAACUAAAGAAACGGUGAAAGGCAAAUGAAC